AAACACAACAAAACAAUAUUAUAGUGAGAGGAAGAAAGUGGAAAAACGACACCAGCAGCAGCCUACCUGUCCUGACCACACAAUUUACAGCCAAAGAUCAUUCUAGAUCCCUCCACCUAACCCUCUCCUCCAUAUCUCCGUCCCCCUUUUAUCCCCAAAACCCUCUUCACUCUUCUUCAGGCUACAUAAUUCCUUUCACUUGUUCAUCAAUAUCUCUUCAUUUCAUCAUUUCAUGGCAUCCUCAACCCCCCAUGCCCACCCUCUCGGAUCCACCCCCUUCACCUCACCCCAACCCAAAACAAUCUUCUUCGGCAAAGGCCUAACCAAAUCCAUAUCCUUCUCACAUCAAAAAUCAUUCAUAAAACUAAAUAACAGUAGAAGAAAUGUUCCCCUUCGUGUUGUGGCCGAGAAGGUGGUUGGAAUUGAUCUUGGAACGACCAACUCUGCGGUGGGUGCGAUGGAAGGGGGGAAGCCGGUUAUUGUGACGAACGCCGAAGGGCAGCGGACGACGCCGUCUGUGGUAGCGUAUACGAAGAACGGCGAUCGGUUGGUAGGGCAGAUUGCGAAGAGGCAAGCGGUGGUGAAUCCGGAGAAUACGUUUUUCUCGGUGAAGAGGUUUAUUGGGAGGAAGAUGUCGGAAGUGGAUGAGGAGUCCAAGCAGGUUUCGUACACUGUGGUCAGGGAUGAGAAUGGGAAUGUUAAGCUUGAUUGUCCUGCUAUUGGAAAACAGUUUGCUGCUGAAGAGAUUUCAGCACAGGUUUUAAGAAAGCUUGUGGACGAUGCUUCGAAGUUUUUAAACGAUAAGGUGACCAAAGCUGUUGUGACUGUUCCUGCUUACUUUAAUGAUUCGCAAAGAACAGCUACCAAGGAUGCCGGUCGAAUUGCUGGUUUGGAGGUUCUUCGUAUUAUUAAUGAGCCUACAGCCGCUUCGCUAGCUUAUGGAUUUGAAAGGAAGAACAAUGAAACUAUAUUGGUUUUCGAUCUUGGUGGUGGUACUUUUGAUGUUUCAGUUCUAGAGGUUGGUGAUGGAGUGUUUGAAGUGCUGUCUACUUCCGGAGAUACACAUCUUGGUGGUGAUGAUUUUGACAAGAGAAUUGUUGAUUGGCUUGCAGCGAGCUUCAAGAAAGAUGAGGGCAUCGAUCUACUAAAAGACAAGCAAGCUCUGCAACGUUUGACUGAGACCGCCGAGAAGGCUAAGAUGGAGCUUUCCACUUUGACACAGGCUAAUAUUAGCUUGCCGUUCAUUACUGCCACCGCUGACGGCCCGAAACACAUUGACACCACCCUUACACGUGCAAAGUUUGAAGAACUAUGCUCCGAUCUUCUUGAUAGGCUUAAACGACCCGUUGAGAAUUCUUUGAGGGAUGCAAAGUUAUCUUUCAAAGAUAUCGAUGAGGUGAUCCUUGUUGGUGGUUCUACACGUAUUCCAGCUGUACAGGAAGUUGUCAAGAACCUAACCGGAAAAGAGCCAAACGUUACAGUCAAUCCCGAUGAAGUUGUCGCCUUGGGAGCUGCAGUUCAGGCUGGUGUUUUAGCCGGAGAUGUGAGCGACAUCGUUCUUCUAGACGUGACACCGUUAUCAAUCGGUCUAGAAACCCUCGGUGGCGUGAUGACAAAGAUUAUUCCACGAAACACAACACUACCCACUUCGAAAUCCGAGGUUUUCUCUACGGCUGCCGAUGGGCAAACCAGUGUCGAAAUUAACGUUCUUCAGGGUGAACGAGAGUUUGUUAGAGAUAACAAAUCUCUUGGUAGCUUCCGUCUCGAUGGUAUCCCACCUGCCCCACGUGGGGUCCCACAAAUCGAAGUCAAAUUUGACAUUGACGCAAACGGUAUCUUGUCUGUCACCGCCAUUGAUAAGGGCACCGGAAAGAAGCAAGAUAUCACCAUCACUGGUGCUAGCACAUUACCUAGUGAUGAGGUAGAAAGAAUGGUUAACGAAGCUGAAAAGUUCGCAAAAGAAGACAAGGAAAAAAGAGACGCCAUCGACACGAAAAACCAAGCGGAUUCAGUUGUGUACCAAACCGAGAAACAGCUGAAGGAGCUAGGAGACAAGGUUCCGGCUGAGGUGAAAGAAAAGGUGGAGGCUAAACUCGGUGAGCUCAGGGAGGCUAUCUCUGGUGGGUCAACACAAACCAUAAAAGACACCAUGGCUGCACUCAACCAAGAGGUGAUGCAGCUGGGCCAGUCUCUCUACAACCAGCCCGGUGCACCAGGGGCUGGGCCAACACCACCGGGUGCUGAGCCGUCGGAAUCAUCAUCGGACAAGGGACCAGACGGUGAUGUGAUCGAUGCGGAUUUUACCGACAGCAAGUGAGAUAUUAGAUUGAAGUAGGUGAUAAUUUUUUUUCAUAAAAUGAUGUAUGAAAAGGGUAAUAGUAGGGACUAAAGAGUUUUGAGAGACGAGAUCCCUUGGAAGAAAGUGGGUGGUGAGAAUGAGUAUACAUACCAUGCAACGUUAUUAAUGAUUUUGUUUACAUAUUAUUAAUACGUUUAAAAUGAUUUUUUCUUGGGAUUA